GGUUUCUCAUGGCGCGGCUCAGUUCUUCUGUGGUGGAUGCGCUUAUGAGACGAUAUAAAUAACUUGCACUUGGAUAGCAAAAGAAAUAUUAUACUCUUUUCAAUGUAUCAAAAAUAUUUUGGAUUUCCGUCCUGAAACAUUAAAACAAUUUUCGGCUGCUCUUUGAGUUCAAAUAAGGAUAACUAUGGGAGGAAAUAUUGAAUUCAAGCAAUCUCCUUUUUUUAACCUAAUUUUUCAAAGCUUUUUGUCAGUUACAACACUCCCAUUAAGUCCAUUGAUUCAGUGUAUUGCAAUUUGAUUUAGUAUACUUUUUGUACUUAAUUCCCAAGUUUUUUAUCAGUUAAGACACUCCCAUUAAAUCUACCGAUUCAAUGUACUGUAAUUUGAUAUAUUGAAAGAUGACAGCUCGUUUUUGAAUCGUUUUUUUAAAUAUCAUUGUUACUUAGUCUUCCAAGGUUUUUUUUCAAUUAACAAAAUCCUUUUUAAUCCCAGAAGAAGAAAAAAGAUAUACAUGCUACAGUAUAAGAUGAAAGUGAGUGGAAUUAAAAAGCACAAGAGCCAUAACUCUAUCUUUAAAAUAAUCAAAUUAUUUUCCAUUUCCCACCUUUGAAAUUUAAGACUGUGGAUCCGAAACGGCAUUCGGCAAGUUCUGUGCAAUUUCGUAUUUUUAUCUGUUAUUUCGGCAUUCUUCGGUUGUUAAUGUAGCUUAUACGAGUAAUUACAGUUUCGGUGAAAGCCGGGAAAUGCCGAAAUCCCAUACGGAGAAAACGUAAUUAAAUGGAAGUUACCGAUUAUCAUUACCUUAAGAAAAUAGCGUUCACUCGUCUGUGGGAAUCAAUUUUACAUUUUACCAAAGAGGAGAAGUAAAUAAUACAGGAACUGUAACUCUAUCCAUUGUGUUAAUUCGCUUUCUACACUUUAUACAUUUCAGACAAUAAUUGUGACUCCGCUACAGUGAAAUCAAUGUAACUUUAUAAUGAAAGGGACAAAAGAGCAAAAGAAUCAUACUUAUAUCUGGGAAAAAAUUCUAAUAUACCUUUCUGUUUAUACUUAAAUCUCCUUUUUUAUUCAGAUAACUUUGUAACUUGCCUAAAUUGGCACCAUGUACUCAAGUUUCGAAGCUGGCGUGCGCAUGUGCGCCAGACUAUAGUAUACCAUCCUCCGAAUUCAUUAAGACCCAUAUGCUAAUUUUUGCUUCUGAAACAAAAAAAAAACGUACAAAAUCUAAGCAUGUGCAUUUUAAAUAGUUCUUUUUCAUACACACUUUUUCCAUGCAUUGGUGAAAAUAAUUAUAGUCUUUUCUCAACCACUGAAUAUAUAUUUCAAUGAUAAUAUAGAAAGAAUUCCUCUUUUUAAAGGAAACGUACUUUUAAAUAAAGAAAAACAUGUUUUAUGAGGGGUUGAUAAAUAUGCAUUCAAAGUAUUCAAAGUAAGUAAUGUAAAUGUAAACAAACCAAAGAAGUGAUCCUUUUGUCGAAAUUGAGCCUUUUCAGUGCGUUAAAGUAUUUUGUUACACAUUCUGCAGCCAUGCGAACGAUGUAAACAGGAGUGGGGGUCAUAGGUACUCAAAUAAAGUAUCAUUAUUCAUAUGUUUUUCAUCCGUAAUUUUGGUGAAAGUAAGAUAAACUUUGAAAAACAUUUGGUUCUAUUUAUGGAACGCCAUACACACCAUAAUGUUAUAGGAAAGCAUCUGGUUGUCUUUAACCUAAUUUUAUAAAAUUAAUGUGUAAAAUCAGCGAGCUUUUUUUUUAUAUAUCUGAACGUUGACUUAAUUAACCAGCGCAAAUGCAAAAUCAUUAUUAAAUUUCAAGAGCAAAAGACGAGAGUUUAUGUACACAUGAUGGCUUAAUUUGGCAACGUAGUGUAAUUUUAUCACAUUCUAUAUUUCCUCCUUUCUGAUCCCUCUGGUGUUUGUAAGAUUCUUUAUAAUACCUCCUUUUUGUUUGCAAAUGCUCCUAACUAGCAGAAGACUUUAUAUUGCUUUGUACUUCUGCCUUCUUUUAUUUGUUUAUAAGGUUUCAGGUGUUGCAAGUAUAUUCAGUCAGUGUUUCGUGGAGGCCAGCCUUUCUUUACUUUCAGCACUUUGAAAAGACAAGUAGUAAGUCUAAAAAUUGUACAGAAAUAAGAUAGAUUUAACUUGAAACCUUACAGUGACUGUUUUUCAUUAUCAAACAGUCUUUUUGAAUAAAUCUUCUAGCUUGAUAUCAAUCACCGUUAGUGACAGAUCUAGCUAAUUUUGGAAUUAAUCAAAAAGUUACUUUACAGUAGGCGAAAAAUGUUGAAGCUUUCUUAAAGAAAGGAAGGGUAAACAUGUGCCAUUGUAUAUUAGUAAAUUAUAUGAUGGAAACGUUUAUAAACACUUUUAUCAAAAAAUAAACUUGCAAUGAACUAGGCAACCCUUAACUUUUUACGCGAAAGAAUUUAUUCCCAACACUUUACAUUAACAUACUAACUUUACGGAAAGGAUUAGAACGAAAGACAAGUCUUUAUAGAAUUCUUCUCCGACGCGAAAUAAUUGCUUCUGAAAUUGAACAAUUAAUUCAUCUCGAAAAGACAAAGAUUUUCUAAUAAUUGAAAUUUGAAGACGUAAAUUUUACAGUGUAAUAAAAAUAAUCAUCAAGAAACCAGGACAGAAACAAAAAGAUCAGUAUUGAAAAGCGAGCUUUAAUCCAUCAAUAGCAAGAAGUUGUUUGUGCUACAAUGCUGUAUGGCUUUCGACACCUAGCCAAAGGUGUAUUCAUUUAACGUCCGUAAUACUUGAGAAUUACAUAACAUUAUCAUUUAUUUAGACUAGUUAUUGCCGACCAGUUAAACCGAAAACCUCUGCUUACAAUCAAUUUUCCGAGUUUCAGAGAUUGCGUGACUUGCUUUGGCAAAUAAAGUAGGGGAGCAGAAAAAUAGAGGGUUAUAUUAAGAGCCCAAUCAACUAAACAGCAGAACAUGUCAGAAUAUAUUGUUAUUCUUAAUUAAAAAUGACAAACUGCAUAAUUGUUUUCCUGGAAAUUAAAGCUGUAAUUAUGCAAUGUCUGCGUAAUGGAAUAAUCAUUAGUGCAACAUUGAUAUUUUGCAUGACUGAACUGUUGCCCUUGACAACUGGAGGUGGUCUUCCUGAGCACUGUACACAAACGGUUGUCUACAGAAAAAGAUUGAAAUCAUACGAUAUUAUUCUUUCACGGCUGAACGAUUCCGAGUUUCCAGAACCACCAGCUGACACCGAUGAUAUAAAAGUUGAUAUUUGUCCAAACAAUACAGUCCUCAGAUUCAGCUGGAAAAUGAAUCGAGGUCAAGGAACUGAAAUGAAGCUCUGCUACAGAAUGAAGUCCAUGUUUAAUGGUCAACUAUUGAAAUUCAGCUGUGUCAGAUUUCACGUGCAAUACUCAAAACGUCGUAAACAAAUGACAUGUCGCUUUCCAAUGUAUUAUUUUUCAUCUCGACCAAUUAUAAAUGUAUUGGCAACAUCCCUAGAUGAUGGCAACGAGUUGUUUUACUAUGGUGAAUUAAACACAGGCGGAUUAGAUACUACAGACAGUUGCAGGCAUGUGUGUGACGUCAGAGCGAUAGAAAUAAACGCUGUGAUGUCGUGCAAUGCCAAGUCGUCUAUCAUAUAUAAAGACAGUGUUUCUAUAGUACGAUUGUCCUUUGAUCCUAUAAAUUCCGAUUCAUGUGGAGAUACUUCUGUGCAAAUUUCAGGAAAGACAUCAAACAAGCUGGACUACUCAAUCAACUGUACGCACAAGGGUCUUGGUGUUGUUAACGUGCUCUACAAUAUACAUGGGUAUUAUUGCUACAAAAAUCACACUGUAAGAGUGAUUUGUGAUUCGAUUUCCACAACAACUACAUUUCUUGCUACAACAGAGUCCCACGUUGACAAGAUCCAGUCAUUGGUAAUCUUUGGCACAUCGUGUUUAGUCAUCACUGUGGUCAUCAUAUGUAUUGUUACGCAGACUUCCAAACACCGUGUUAAUGCCCAUAGACCUUCUAACGGUAAUCGUGUAAAUAGAUAUGGAAGCGAAAUUGUGCUGCCACAGUUAAAUAAUUUGAGACACUUUGAAGGCAGUGUUUCAUCGUCGUCUAGUAACGUCACUACCCAACUUUAAACGGCACAUAAAAGUGGUAGAUUUGGGUCUUCAGACGGUCAAGGUAAAGUUCUGCCGACGUGGUAAAACUGACAGAAACGUGCUUGAGUAGAAACAUGUAGCGGAAAGUGGAAAGGAUGGAGCCGUUUCAUGAAAAAGAACAUCCUGUUUCGGCGGUCCUUCAGUGACAGUUUUGGUCGAAAUGCUUCAAACAGAAGAAGUUGAAAUUCGACAGGCCGUCUAACAUGACGAACAGAAAAAAACCUUGUAGGUUCGGUGUGAGCAUGUAAAUGGCCGGUAUAAGAAAUGCAUACUACCGUCCACGCCAUCUAAUCUAACCCAAAAUAUAAACCGUUUCAACACAAUGCUGUUUUUGACCAGGACGUUUUGUCAGAAUCAUGAAUACUACUAAUAGUGACACUGGACAGAAAUAGUUAUUAUUUGUGUUUCUGAGAGAAUAGUUUUUCUUUACUGUCUCACAUCUAUCAAAGUGAAGUAAAAGUUAUAGAAAGUUUUUAGAUGAUGUGUUAGCAAACUAGCUAUUCAGAAAAUUAUACCAAUUUGUACAAUACCUUAUCUCCGUUAGUUUGUUCUGACCAGUUGGAAAGUAGUCUUAUACCAAUUAUAUUUGUAAGAUAUUGGGCUAUUGUGGAAGAAAUCCAGAAGCAGAAACUGGUCUGUUAUACAGAUUGAUAGAGUGUGGCACUUUAGACAUUUUAGCAUUUUAUUUAAAUCUAAUACAUAUCCCGAUUUUAGAUUGUUUAAAGUAGAUGCAAUGAAAAGAAGAUUGUAAAGGCAUAGUAUUGUAUUGACCCCCCUUUCAUCAAAUUACUAUACUUGUGUAUAACUCCAUUUUCCUGAAAGAGAGGUUUAUUUUUGUAUUACACCUCCGCCUAUUUGCUCGAGUGUUUAACAAAUGAUUGAGGUAACUGUCGAUUUACUUUUUGGGUUAUAUUGUACGAAGAAAUAGAAAAAUAAAUGUAUUAGUUAAGGGUUAUGAACACUAAAACAUCUUUACAGUAAAAUCAAAAUAACAAAAUGUCGCACGCACACCAAGACUAAAAUUUUGAACACUCUAUUUAACUUGGGGUUAGUCUAACAGCCGCUUUAAGUUCCUAGUCUCACAUAUUCAGUAGUCAUACCAUUAAUCCCAUUGUGUUCCAUCUUCAGAUUUGUUACUGAGUACAUUUAUGCACUUAUUCAUUUAAACAGCAGAAUAUAAUAACAAACAUCAAGAAGAAAUGCAAUGAAAUAGAUUGUUUACUUUUCUCUAA